CCAUCAUGCAUCACACACGGGACCGCCAUUUUUAUUUUGCACGUUGAUGUUUUGUGUCGACUAACAACGACCAAACGCCAUAGAAAGGGAAAAGGUAGGAAUCGUUAAAGGAUGGCUGCCAUGGAUAAAUUAGACAUGAGUCUCGACGAUAUCAUUAAAUUAGAUAAGAAGAAAGGCGGCAGUGGUGGAGCAGGUGGAAUUAAACGUGGCGGAGUCCGCGGUGGACGCGUUACCCGAUCACGGGGCGCACUCGGCGGCCGCGGUCGGCCAAGUCGUGGAGGUAGCUUUGGAUUCAAUUUCAGAAGCCGGGGAGGAGGCAUUCAAAGACGAAGAAGUUCGAACAGACCGGCGCCUUAUAUGCGAGGAGGCAGAUCAAAUCCCUGGUUCAACAAUACUAGAUUGCCAAAAGAGCUUCCUGAUGUGUGGCAACAUGAUCUCUUUGAUGGUGGUACUGCUGGACCCAUAAAACGUAUGAUUGGUGGCAGAAUAAGCACAGCGGGGCAGGGCAAAUUGCUAAUUUCCAACUUAGACUUUGGAGUUAAUGAUUCAGAUAUUCAGGAAUUAUUUGCGGAAUUUGGACCUCUAAAGAAAGCUGCCGUUCAUUAUGAUCGUUCUGGUCGAUCAUUAGGUACUGCUGAAGUUAUUUAUGAAAGACGAACUGAUGCUAUCAAAGCUAUGAAACAGUACAACAAUGUCCCUUUGGAUGGUCGAGCCAUGAAUAUCCAGCUAGUAGGUGCAACAACAUCAGAAGGCCCCAACAGAUUGGGAAUUAGUGGUCUAUCGAAUCGAAGGCCAGCAUACAAUUCAGGAGGGGGUGGGCUUGGUGGUGGUGGUGGUGGUGGUGGUGGCACCGGGAACACAAGAGGAAGAGGUCGGGGAAGAGGAGGUCGAGGUCGUGGAGGUCAGACCAGAAAAACACCAACAGCUGAAGAAUUGGAUGCACAGCUUGAUGCAUACAAUGCUAGGAUGGAUACUAACUGAACCAUUUGGCAUGCUGCGGCAAGAAUCUGGAGUACAGAGUUUCUGUGUUGGGGGUGGCUUCAUUCUUGCAGUCGCAGAAACAGCAACACCUCUGUUGGUUUACAGGUGGCGUUUUGGCUGGUUUGAUUGCUCUCUGUUCAGCCUCCCUCAAAUAACCAAAAGCAGCAGCAGCAGCAUCAACAGAAAUAACAGUGGUACUAACAGCCUCAUUAACUUCUCACACCUCUCUCUUCCCCUUUUAAUUUCUCCUCUUCAUGAGUGAGACAUACACUAUUUUUUCCUCUCUCUCUCUCUCUUUAUUUCCUACCAUUCAUUAUACUGCUGUAGACUGGUAGGCAGAAAGAACUUCACUGCCUCUGUCUAGUUUCAGCAGUUUAAACCUACUCUGUGAACUGAAGACAUAUGCAUAAUCUUAAGCUUGCCUUUAGCAUUCAUACACACUAUUAAGAUGACAGGCAUCCAGCUCUCUUUCUAUCUGUCUCUUUAUUUGAUCCUUUAACUAUUAACCAGCCAUUUUACUGCAGUCAUGCAUUACUGCUGUUGUUAUUGUCACUGCUGUUGCCAAUGUAUAUAACACUGUUAGGUCGCAGGCGUUUAUCCUGCUACUGUCUUGGAGACAGCCAUAAGUAUCCCCGUUCUUCCCCGACUCUUCAUUCAUGAUUUAACCUUAUCAUUCAAACCAUUCAUAUUAUAAACAGUUCUUAACAUUUUGGUUGCGUCAGAAUGAGACCUGCCAUGUAAUGCAGAUUCAGCUCAGCAGUGUGAAAACUAUUUCCUCAGAAACUUACUUUGAACAGAACUUCAGAUAUAACAAAAACAAAAAAAAUUCUUCAUAUACAAAACAAAGCAAAAAAAACUUGGAUAUUUUUUUCUCAUUUGUUUUUAUUCCCUUUUAAACUGAUUUUUAGUCAUUCAUUUUCCUAAUCAUACAAUUUUUUUUUUGUUUUUACAUAAAUAUAUUUAAGAUAAGUGUCUUACCAUCAAUUAUUUCUCCCCCUCCUUUUUAAUAAACAAACCUAUUUGGGUUUUGUUAAGAAACAAAAGAUCUUGCCUUAGUUUUAGUGUAUUUUGUAAAUAGUUUAUAAAUCAAUUUCAUCUCCAGUAAGUGUCACUUUGUCCUCAUUCCUUUACAGUUGCAUAUAAUCUGCUAUAUGAAGCUGCUCAUUACUGACUGGGGCCACAUAGAUUGAAUGAAAUGUCAUUGAUCCCACCUACUUUAUCUCAUCAUUCUACUUCAAAUACUUAUUUGUUUAUGAGAUCAGAGACAGGGUCAGUAGGGAUCAGCUUCUUAAAGUGUAGUUAUUUUUGAGUGGGUUUUAUUUUGUAAUGUUACUUUCAAAAGUGAAAGUCUACUAAAGCAGUAAAUUUGGAUUAAAAUUUUGGAGAAAAAAAAAGAAAA